CCACAAUCCUGAUCAGGAUCCACCGCUAUGGGAGGGGUCGUACGUCUAAUUCUCCUUCUUUCAGGGCUGUGUUCUCUGUCCUCAUGUGUGCCCCAGAAUCGAUAUUACCUCUUCGUCAAUACGCCUAAAACCUGGUAUGAGGCACAGAGCUACUGCAGAGAGAAAGGUUUUGACCUGGCCACCAUAGACAACAUGGGAGAGAUGGAAAUAGGUCUUAAAGCUGUAGAGGGCAAAUACAAGGAUGCCGUGUGGAUAGGGCUUCAGAAAGAACUGACUCGGAGGUGGCACUGGUCCCUGGCGGACAAAGAUUUCUACAAGGAGGGAGAAAGAGACUAUUUCAUCCCAGAUGGAACAGAUUACAGCUGCUUGACUUACACAAAGGGGAAACCGUCUCCAGCUGGUUGUCCAAACAAGAAAUAUUCGGUUUGCUUUGAUGGUAAAAAACAUGGUCGUGAACAGUAUGUUCUCACUAACGUAGCCAUGGCAUGGACUGUUGCACGGGACUACUGCAGGGCUCAUCACACAGACCUGACCAGUGUGAGGAAUGAGCUGGAAAACCAGAUAAUUCAGGAAGUGUCCCGUAACCUGACGGUGUGGAUUGGCUCCUUCAGAGAUCCCUGGAUGUGGUCCGACCAGACUUACUCUUCGUUCAGAUACUGGAAAGAAGGCAAAGAAGUUUGGACUGAUGAUACAAAAAACUGUGUUGCUAUGUUAGAAAGUUCAUCUGGUAGAUGGGGAGAAAUUCCAUGUAAUGAAGCUCAUCCAUUCCUCUGUAACUAUGCAGGUCAAGUUGUAAAGUUCAUUAAAGUGAGGAUCAGCUCAGAGGACUCAGAGUUGGAUCUAAAUGACCCUGUAGUGUAUGAUGACAUACUGAAGCAAGUCAAGCAAGACCUGAGUAACACGAAUGUGACAAAUCUACGAUGGAGAAAGCAUCCUGAUGAAAGAGUUUUUGUCAAGGAACCAAACCGAGGUGGCUAAAGAGAGAGAGAGGAAUCAGAGAAGCAGUUUUAACUCCAAACUGUUUCUAUUGUGUGUUUGGUCAUAAGUGACAAACCCACUAAGAAGCAAUUGUACAGCUCUACGAAGUUUUUAGUUAGCUCAUUGUUUUGGUUUUAUCUCACAUAUACUUUGUGGUUUAGUGUCACUUCUCUCCUCAAUCCUCUUUCCAGCAGCAACAUGCAGCUUUUUUCCAUUAACACUUCAUGUCCAUCAUAAAUGCUACGUUCCCACAGCACUAGAGGGAAUAACAACAGCACAUUAAGGUUAGCAAAUAACGUAGGAGUCCCAGGAGUUCGUUGGAGAUCUAAAAGGAAAAUUGCAUGAAAAUUGUUUGUUGUUGUAACAUGAAAGAAAUGAAUUAAUGUAGCUUCUAGCAGAAAUCAAUGGAAGAAUAACAUUUUAGUUUUGAGGUACUUGUACUUGAAUAUUUCCUACUUUAUAUACUCAUAUGCUACCCUUUAGAAAGAGAUAUUGUACUUUUGUAUUUCAUUACAUUUGAGAUUUAUCGUUAAUAUUUUACAUACAUAACAUAUAAUCAGCUUGUAAAAUAUUGCUAUUGAUUAAACUAUUCAUAGGAGCAUAUAUCCAAUGAGCUCCACCUCAAAAAACACAUGUAUUCCUGCAUUAAAAUGUCUAUGAACACUA